CACCCGAAGACCCUCAACAAGGACCACACGGAAUUUAGAAGGACAGCUUCUGCUGGGAAUGAAAUUUUGAAAAGGAAAUUAUCAAGUUCUAUUAGUUCACAUACAGAACCAGCAGAUGUUUCAACACUGUUUCCCGAAUGGAUUUCUGCUGAUGUACAAUUAAUAGGUAAAUUGAACAUGGAAUGAAAGCAGAAAAUGCUGGAAAUGCAUGGCAGAUCUUUGGCCUGAGACAGGGUUAAGAUUUCAGGUUUGACUUAUACAGAGGAAAUGUGGAUGAUUAACAAUUGUUAUUUCAAUGGUGUUUAAAUCUUUGGACAGACUUGAUGGAAGCAACAGAAAGAUGCUUGCAGAAACGUCAAUCAAAAAGGAAAAGCAUCUGGGUUGUUGGCAUUUGCUGCUGUUCGGAUUGAGGAUCACCCCCAGCAAUUCUUCUAGCUUCUGCUCAUCAACAGCUGUCCUAUAAUCUGUUUCUUUUUUCCUUUCUUAGAAAGAGACAAAUACACAUACAGACAUUUACAGACAGACAGAGAGAGGGAGAGAGAGAAUAAAACGCAGACAUGGAGAGAGGGGGAGAGAGAAACACAAAUAGGCACACAUUUACAGGCAGAAUGUGAGAGAUACACAAAUAAAUAUCUAAACAUUAUAAUUUCAAAGACUGAAAGAGAGAAGCAAAAUUGUGAGAGACGCACAGAUUUAACAGUUUAACACAGUGUGUGAAAGAGCAAGACAGAAAGAGAGGCACACAGACACAUUAACUCAUUUAUUUACAUGUGCACAUUGCGCUCAACUGUUAGUUUCUAUUGCAUCUGAACUUGCAGAUUUCUGCCUUGCUUCUUGGACCAAAGCAAAUGGAACACGAGAGCCACAAUCCCAGCUCCCCUCUGCAUUCUGAAUCCCAGGCUCUCAUUCGAUUUCAGCAAACAGUGCAAACUGGGAGCAGUGCUGUGUGCCCAACAUUUCAGAACAUCAAAGGCCCAGUAAAUGUUACAGUGCAGACAGCCAGCAGCCACAGUGAAAGCCAACGAAUGUUAAGAGACAUUGUGGACAUCGCAGGAGUUAUUGAUAAACACAAGAAGGUAUUGAGGGAAAAAGUCCAGUACAUCACUGAAUACACCAGUAAGCCUGGUGCAAAGAUCCUGAUAACGGAGAAUUUCACCAACCUAUGGAUAACUGAAGGCGACUGCAACUCGAUUCCCCAAAGACAUGAGGUGAUGGAUAUUGAAGCCAUGUCCAAGCAGAAGCCUGGUGCUCGUUCCAUUGACUACAGAGAAAUAUUCCUCUGUUCACAGCAUGAAUCCCGGCCACCGAGGAUCAUCUUAACUAAGGGAUUGGCUGGAAUUGGGAAAACUAUCUGUGUGCAUAAGUUUGUUUAUGACUGGAGUAGUGGCUCAGCGGCCUUGGACUUUGACUUUCUGCUCAUGUUUCCGAUCAGAGAACUCAAUCUGCUGCCAGAAAGUAAACUCAGCAUCUGCCAGCUGGUCCAGAGGUAUUAUCCUCACAUUGAGGACACAGCAGCCCUCUUAAAGGAUCCCGAUAUCAAAUGUCUCUUCAUCUUUGAUGGCUUAGAUGAAAGUCGUCUCUGCUUGGAUUUUAAGAAGAGCCCAGAAUAUGCUGACAUUGAGUACGCGAUGAAACUCCAUGUUCUCCUUGUCAAUUUAAUUAAAGGAAAUGUGCUUUCCCAUGCCUCUGUUUGGAUAACGGCCCGUCCUGCAGCUGCCCGCCAAAUCCCAGCUGCUUACAUUGACAGACUGACAGAAAUUCAAGGGUUUCGGGAUGAAGACAAAGUGGAAUACUUUCACAAAAAGUGCAAAGGAAAAGCAGAUAUGAUUCUGUCCAAUGUGAUGAGGCAACCUAGCCUUUUUGCCAUGUGCUAUGUCCCAGCUUUCUGUUGGAUUCUGGCUACUGUCCUGCAACAUGGCAUGAAAUCUUACAGUGAGACGGAAAUCCAACAAUACACCCCCAGAACGAUCACUGAGGUCUACAGCAACUUCUUGCUUGUGAUGAUAAUGUACCACCAAGAUAAGCAGAGCCACGGGGUAACUGAGAGGGAGAAGAUUAUUGACUUGCUGCAAGCCAAGCGCCCAGUCAUUCUCAGCCUGGGGAGGUUGGCUUUCCACUGUUUGAAAGUCCAAAAGCUGGUCUUCUGUCAAAAGGACCUGGAGUCAUUUCGGGUGGACCUGUCUUUGCUAUGUGAUGGCUUUUGCAAAGAGAUCCUUCUGCAGGACGAGCCCGUCUUUCAGCACAAGGCUUAUGCCUUCAUACACCUGACGAUGCAGGAGUAUUUUGCUGCCCUAUAUGUUUUCCUUCAGCACCACAUGGGCCAGCACCCAAACCCACUAGCAAAAGGGCUGAUGACAAAGGUGCGAGGCCUGUUCUCCCGUCCCAGCUUUUCUGAUGUUUGCAGAAGUGCAUGCAAGAAAGCAGCAGGGAGCCAAAGUGGGCACCUGGAUAUGUUCCUCCGCUUCCUCUGUGGUCUCUCAACUGAAAAGAGCCUGCGACUUUUGCAGGGUCUGUCAAGCCGGGAGGCGAGCAGUGCUGAGGAUGCCAUACGGACUGCAGCCUACAUCAAGAGAACUUUACAUAGGGACAUUGCUCCGGAACGAUGCCUGAACUUGUUCUAUUGCUUAAAUGAGCUAAAUGAUGGCUGUAUAGCCGACAAACUGAAGGAAUCACUAAGGGAGGGAGUUCUGUCCACUCGAGACCUGGAAUCAGAUGACUAUUCGGCCAUAGCAUUUGUGCUUCAAACAUCUAACUCGGACAUGCAGGAGUUCAAUAUAGCAGAUUACAAUGUUUCUUCUGAACUGCUCUGGAAGUUGCUUCCUGUUGCAAAACUAUUCAGAACAGUGAAGUUAGUUCAAAAAGAUGUAACAAAGCACCUGGUGAACUUUUUCGAAUCUCUCCUGAUUUUAUCCAAAAGUCAAGUUCAGGAACUUUGCCUGGAAAAUACUGAAAUCAGUGAUGUGGCAAUGAAACAACUGUGCGUAGCCAUGAAGAAUUCUUAUUGCAGAUUGCAGUCAUUAAGCCUGUCAGGUACCUAUUUCACUCAAAGAUCCUGGGAAGAGCUGACUACUGUUAUCAAGAAAAAACAGACAAUAUUAACCUUGGAUUUAAGCUACACAUUCCCAGAUUAUUCUGCUAUAAGUUUAUUGGCUGCUGUUCUGAAGGACUCUGAAUGCAGACUGCAAACAUUAAAACUGAUUAGCAAUGAUCUCAACUUUCAUUGUUGUGAGGAACUGGCAUCUGGGUUGUCAAAAAAUCAAAGUCUGGUGGAAUUGAAUUUGAGUCACAACCAACUGAAAGACUUGGAGGUGACGGCACUGUGCAAUGCUUUGAAGGAACCGGAAUGCAAACUCCAAAUACUGCACCUUCAUCAUAACCAGAUCAGCAGCAACUGUUGCCAAGCAUUGGGUUCUGUUCUCACCCAAAACCAAGCAUUGACUCAACUGAACCUGACCCACAAUAAGCUUGGCAAUGCUGGAGUUAAAAUUCUAUGCAGUGCAUUGAAGAACAAAGUCUGCAAACUGCAAAAAUUGAGUUUGAAACAUAACAACCUAACGUCGAAUUGUUGUGAAGAAUUGGCUUUUGCUGUCAAGGAGAACUCAGAAUUACUGGACCUGGAUAUCAGUGCAAAUAAGAUAACUGACAUUGGUGUCAGAUUCCUGUGUCAAAUAUCAACAAACCACGGCUCCAAAAUGCAGUGUCUCAGGAUUUCCUUGAGCGAUCUUUCUGCGAAUUCUUGCCAGGCUCUUGCAACCUUUCUCGUUGAGCUGAGAACAAUUAAAGAACUUCAUCUUGACUUCAAUAUUCUUGGAGAUUUGGGUGUAAAGUAUCUCUGCGGUGCCUUCAAAAUGCGAGAUACUGGAAUUGAAGCACUAAGCCUGAAGAGGAAUUAUCUGACAGAUGAGUGUUGUGGGGAUCUUAUUUCUGCUCUUUGUGUGAAGAAUACCCUGAAAUUCCUGGACCUUUCAUUUAAUGGAUUUACAGAUAUCUCCUUGGAGCUCUUCCAGCAUCUUGUACAAAAAUGUGCUGAUUUGGAAGAGAUUGUAUUGCAAGCAAAUUGUUUUAGCCUCCAAGGGUGCAAUAAAUUGGCGAAACUGAUGAAUUCUAGACAGAAGUUACAAGUCGUGUUGUAAUGGAGAACAAUCUGCUUCAAAAUAUAAGAUUUGAUGUUGACAAAGACUAAUUUUCAUUGACAAUACUGGAGCAUGAAUGAUUUAACCAGUGCUUUUGAAAUUGCAAAUCACUCUGCACAGAGGAAUCACACAGAAAACUAAGUUUCACCUUGACAACAGUGUUCCCACAGCAGUCAUACAUGGGACAGUAAAUUACACAGUAUGUCAUGCAAGGAUAUUAUAGGUCUGUAAAUGCUAAAUCUUAUGUGACUGUACACCAUCUGUUCCUCUGAUACAUCAGACUGCUCAGGGUCAGGGUGGGAGAUCAUGUAAUUAUUCAGCAAAGUGGGAGUGGGAUAUUCAUUGUCCAAAUUGUUUUAUAAGGGUGCAAAGAUCUGAAAGGCAUAUGCUGAGCAAUGUAUUAAGCACCACUUCUGUAUUUAAGAUUGGAAAAUUACCUCCAACGUUUUCAGUGCCUCAACAAUUUCUGUUCUGAUAAUGUCACAUGCAUUUGGGAAGUGAGAAAGCAGAUUGAAAUCUUCAAGGAAAAGGGUCUAACAUUGUGAUUUCACUCAUCAUCUCAUUGUCAAAGUCAUGGUAACAUCAUACCAAUGUAAACUUGUACCUAGUUGCUAUGAUACAAUAGAUACGUCUUGUUCAAGACAAGAGGCUCUUCAUGUUAGACUGCCAGAUGUUUCACCCCACCACACCAGAAUAAUAUGUCCCCUGCCAUGAAGCCAAUUUUGUAUCCAAUUGACAAGCUCAUCCUGAAUCCCAUGUGAUUUAACUUUACUAAUUAAUCAACCACACAGAACCUUCUCAAAGGCUUUAAUGAAGUAAACAAUGUCGACUAUUCUGCUCUCAUCAAUUUUCUUGAUUACCUCUUCAAAAACCUGAAUCAAGUUUGUGAGACAUGAUUUCCAUUCCUGACUAUCACUAAUAAUUCCUUGCCUCUCCAAAUGCAUAUGUAAAUCCUAUCCUUCAGAAUUACAACAAUUUAGCCAUCACCAAAAUCAGGCUCACAGGUUUGUAGUUCUCAGGCUUGUGCUUACAUCUCUCCUUAAACUAAGGUACAACAUUAGUCAAUCUCUAGUCAUAGAACAUAGAACCUAGAACACAGAACACAACAGUGCAGUACAGGCCCUUCAGCCCUCGAUGUUGUGCCGACCUGUGAAACCAAACUGAAGCCCAUUGAAACUACACUAUUCCGUUAUUAUCCAUAUGUUUAUCCAAUGACCAUUUAAAUGCCCUUCAAGUUGGCGAGUCUACUACUGUUGCAGGCAGGGCAUUCCACGACUUUACUACUCUGAGUAAAGAACCUCCCUCUGACGUCCUAUAUCUAUCACCCCUCAAUUUAAAGCUAUGUCUGCUCGUGCUAGUCAUCUCCAUCCAAGGAAAAAGGCUCUCACUGUCCCCCCUACCUAAUCCUCUGAUCGUCUUGUAUGUCUCUAUUAGGGUCACCUCUUAACAUUCUUCUCUCUAACGAAAACAGCCUCAAGUCCCUCAGCCUUUCCUCAUAAGACCUUCCCUCCAUACCAGGCAACAUCCUGAUAAAUCUGCACCCUUUCCAAUGCUUCCACAUCCUUCCUAUAAUGCGGUAACCAGAACUGUACGCAAUACUCCAAGUGCGGCCGCACAGUUUUGUACAGCUGCAACAUGAUUUCAUGGCUCUGAAACACAAUCCGUCUACCAAUAAAACCUAACACACUGUACGUCUUCUUAACAACCCCAUCAACCUGGGUGGCAACUUUCAGGGAUCUAUGUGUAUGGACACCAAGAUCUCUCUGCUCAUCCACGCUACCAAGAAUCUUACCAUUAACCCAGUAGUCUGUAUUCCUGUUACUCCUUCCAAAGUGAAUCACCUCAUACUUUUCCACAUUAAACUCAAUUUGCCGCUUCUCAGCCCAUCUCUGCAGCUUAUCUAUGUCCUUCUGUAACCUGCAACAUCCUUCUGCAUUAUCCACAACUCUACCAGCUUUAGUGUCAUCUGCAAAUUUACUAACCCAGCCUUCCACGCCCUCAUCCAGGUCAUUUAUAAAAAUGACAAACAGCAGUGGCCCCAAAACACAUCCUUGCGGUACACCAGUAGUAACUGAACUCCAGGAUGAACAUUUUCCACCAACCACCACCCUCUGUCUUCUUCCAACUAGCCAAUUUUUGAUCAAAACCGCUAAAUCACCCUCAAUCCCACAACUCCGUACUUUAUGCAAUAGCCUACCGUGGGGAACCUUAACAAACGCUUUACUGAAAUCCAUAUACACCACAUCAACUGCUUUACCCUCAUCUACCUAUUUUGUCACCUUCUCAAAGAACUCAAUAAGGUUUGUGAGGCACGACCUAUCCUUCAAAAAACCGUAUCAGAGAUAAUGGGAACUGCAGAUGCUGGAGAAUCCGAGAUAACAAAGUGUGGAGCUGGAUGAACACAGCAGUUCAAGCAGUGCUCCUAAGAUGAUACUUGGUCUGCUAUGUUCAUCCAGCUCUACACUUUGUCUUCACAAAACGAUGUUGACUAUCCCUCAUCAAAUUAUUCAUUUCUUCGAUGAUUAUAAAUCCUAUCUCUUAUAAUCCUUUCCAACACUGUACCCACAACCGAAGUAAGGCUCACUGGUCUAUAAUUACCAGCAUUGUCCUUCCUCCCCUUCUUGAACAAGGGGACAACAUUUGCUAUCCUCCAGUCUUCUGGCACUAUUCCUGAAGAUAAUGACGACAUAAAGAUCAAAAACAAAGCCUCUGCAACCUCCUCCCUAGCUUCCCAGAGAAUCCUAGGAUACAUCCCAUCCGGCCCAGGGGACUUAUCUAUUUUCACACCUUCCAGAAUUGCUAACACCUCCUCCUUGUGAACCUCAAUCCCGUCUAGUCUAAUAGCCUGUAUCUCAGUUUUCUCCUCAACAACAUUGUCUUUUUCCUGUGUGAACACUGAUGAAAAAUAUUCAUUUAGCGCCGAGUCUUUUGACACCUCAUCUAUAUUAUAGAUGAUACAAAUAUGUCCGCAAGGAGCCCCACAAUUACAGCCUUAACUUCCCACAAAGUCCGAAGAUACACUAUUUCACGUCCUGGAGAUUUGUCCGCCUUUAAAUUUUCUCAGACCUCUACUACUUCCUCUUCUGUAAUGUGAACUGUUUUCAAAACAUCAAUAUUUAUUUCCCUCAGUUCUCUAGCCUCUAUUUCUUUCUCCACAGUAAAAUCUUUCACAAAAUAUCAAUUUAAGAAUCUCUCCCAACUCCAAAGGUUCAACACAAAGAUGACCUUGUUGAUCUUUAAGGGGUCUUAUUCUCUCUCCAGUUGCCCCCCUCUCAAUGUUCUUGAAGAAUCUCUUUGGAUUAUCCUUAACCUUAUUUGCCAUACGCUCUCAGUCUUCCUGAUCUCCCUUGUAAGAAUUCCCGUUACACUCUUUAUAUUGUUCAGAGAUUUAUUUGAACCCAUUUGUUUAAUACUACUAUAUGAUUCAUUUUAAUUCCUGACUAGCACCUCAAUAUCUUUAUUCAUCGAUUGUUCUCUGAUCCUACCAGCCUUAUCUUUCACUCUAACAGCAGCAUAAUGACUCUGAAUUCUCAUUAUCAAACUUUUGAAGACGUCCCACUGAUCAGACAUUCCUUCACCUGCAAACUAUCUACUCCAAUCAAUUUUUGAAAGUUUUGUCUCACUUUGCCUCACUCCAAUUAAAAUUUUUAUUUUUUUAAUUAAAGGCUUUUGUUUUUCCGUAAAACUAUUUUAAAACAAAUAAAAUUAUGAUCACUAGACCCAAAGUGUUCCCAUACUGUCACUUCAGUCAUUUUCCCCAUCUUAUUACUCAAGAGAAGGCCAAGUUUUUCUCCUUCUUUGAUAUAAUAUUUACAUAUUUACAUACCUUUGAAUCUUGACUGGGCAAGAAGAUAGUGGCAGUAAAUCUACCAGGUGGAUCUUACACCAUGAGGAGGAGUCACUUUACAAUACGGUGGCAAGCAGUGUAGACUGCAUUUACCUGCAGCAUGUAAAAGGCUAGAAGCCAUCAAGAUCUGAAGAUCCUUCAGAUGCAGCUUUAAGAAGGUUAUUCACACAGACAGCAGCUAGCAGAGCUGAACAUUUGAAAACUCACAGAAUCUCAUGGUAUGAUUGAACAAGGCACAAUCUACUGUUUAUGGUUUAAAAAAUUCCCAAUUGCUCCGCCUCCACCACAUCUGCUACCAAAAUGUGGUAUUCCAGUCCCAGACACCCCAGCUGUCCUUGUUUUUCAUGGACUGCAAUUUCUCCUCCUCAGUGGUCAAAAAUGCUCUUGACCGCAUCUCUUACAUUUCCUGCACCUCUGCCCUCACACCCCCUCCCCGCAAUAAAAACAAAGACAGAAUUCCCCUUGUCCUCAUGUAUGACCCCAGUAACCUCCAGAUUCAAUGCACCAUUCUCCGCCACCUGCAAUCUGACCCCACUACCAAGGAUAUAUUUCCCUCCCUACCUUUAAGGGACUGCUCUGUCUGCGACUGUCUCAUCCACUCCACACUCCCUACUAGCCCCAUCAGCCCCGGCACCUUUCUCUGCAAUUGCAGGAGGUGCUACACCUCCACCUUCACCUCCAUCCCAGGCUCAAAAAAACCUUCCCCCUCACAUCCAUCCCAGGCCCUAAAGAAUCCUUCUACGUUAAGAAGAUGUGAGGCAUGGAGCAAAGCAUUACUGUUGUUGGACUGGGGCUUGGCGCGGGUGGUCAGACCACAUGCUGAGCAGCUGCCAUUUGAAACUCUUUACCGGACUUUAACUAUGUUGUAAUUAUCACAUUUAUAACAUAUUUUUCAGACACUUCAGUAAUGCUAAUACUUUUCCUUUUAUUCUUCUUUGCACCCAAAAUUUGUACCUCAGUACUUGUACCUAAAUGGUGCCUUUUGAGGCAGCCAUUGUAAAAACUUUUGUAAA